AUGGCCAGCAAUAUCUCGGGGAACAGGAAUAGUACUCCCGAAGCCUCAAAGACUACCCUGCGCCCUCCCUCCUCCAGAACUGUCGGUCCUUCGGGUACCCACAAUCAGCAGGUUCGUUCUUCAGCCGACAUGUCCUUCACUUCUCCCUUGUCUGCACGCCUCCGUCCUGCCUCCGAGGUUCUUUAUAAUCAGCAGUCCCAACAAGGAAGCUUGGACGACUCGAGCAAGCUAGGCGAGCAAUGGAUUCAAGACAUUGAACAGUACGAGACAAUGCUGGAAGAGAUGGCUGCGGCGACCUUGGAUCAGGAUUUCAAGGAUGAGUUGAGUGCGAUUGAACAGUGGUUCCGUGUCUUGAGCGAGGCCGAGCGUACCGCUGCUACAUAUGCCUUGAUUCAACAAACUACUCAGAUGCAACAACGCUUCUUUGCUCAGGUCCUCAAUCAGAUGUCCAAGAGUCAUCCUAUCUCUGGCGUCUUGUCACCUGCCAACUUUGGAGAAAAGGAUGCUAUGUCGAGCCGCCUGAGUGACGCAAUGUCAAAACUCAACGUGGAAGAUCGAAGGACAUCUGUCGGCCGUCCUCCUGUCUCUCCAGCGGGGAACAAACGUAAUUCAGGCCUCGAUCAAUCUACAAUUCACGCCAUGUUUCCUGACGCUGUUGCUGCUAUUCAGCAGCAGAAGGCUGAAUAUGCUCAACAGACGGGCAACCUGCCACCAUCGAACAGGAAUAGCACGGUUGGAGACCGCACGUCGUUGGCCGCUCCCACAAUUGCUGCUCCUAGGGAGAACAAGUCGGAUGCUUUGAGUUGGCGACAAGGGCCAGAUUCACAUCAGCCUCCCAUUUCACGACCUAAGUCGUCUUCGGGUGGGCAACAGCAACCAGGGCAGGCACCAAUGGGCCAGUUCAGCCAACCACCUCUAUCCGCUGGUCUACGUUCUCCAAGGCCCAUGGGUCCCCCAUCUGCUGGUAUUCAAAAUACGACUUUGACAGCUCCUGACCAUCUCUCUAGUGACCACCCAGUUCUCUCUCCCUAUAAUGUAGGCAAUCAGAGCUGGGCUUCGAUGAGCAACACCCCAAUGGUUCCUAAUUUUGGUCAAAACGCAGCCCACAGUGAUAUGGUAGCCAAUGCGACCGCCAUGAAACUUGCGGCCUUGUCGACUGUCAACAACCGUAUCGCAUUGGAUGAUGUCAAGAAGUACCGCCGGGCCAGGUCUAAUGAGCCACAACCACAAGGCCAACCACCUUUGACCCCCGGAUUGACUGCAUCUGGUAUUCCAGGAAUCAACACAAUCAUGGUUAAUGACCACGGUCAAAUUCUGAAUGUUCAGCAGGUUGCAGCUAUCCAAGCCCACCAAAUCGCCGCCGCGCAGGGUCGGCGGUCUCGUCCCAAUUCCCCGGGACUGCCACUGCAAACGCCAUUGGGGCAGACAAGUUUUGCAUCUCCUCAGCACAAUGGCUUCUUGGCGGCCUAUGACGGUGCACCCCUCAUGAUGGGCGCGGGUGUCCCAGGUUUCAUUCCACCAGUGAUGGGUAGCGAGGGUUACCUAUCUGACCACUCUGAUAUCAAUCGUGGAAGGUCCCCUCGUGGUCGCCGUGGGAGUAGCAAGCCCCCGGAGGAUCCCACUGAUCCAACCUUGCUUCAAGAUAUUCCGGCAUGGCUUCGAUCUUUGAGAUUGCACAAAUACACGGACAAUCUGAAAGAGUUGAAGUGGGAAGAACUAAUCGAGCUAGAUGAUAAGGGGCUGGAUGCAAGAGGGGUCAAUGCACUGGGAGCCCGGAACAAAAUGCUCAAGGUUUUUGAACAAGUCAAAGAAGCUCGAGAAGGGGGCAAGCUGUGA